AUGUAUACCAGUACCAUCGUGACCGCCGCCCUCCUGGCUCCAGCCCUGUCCUUCGUUAUCCUUCCCGAUGCCCACGUCUUCUCUCAUUUGCCCGAACGCAUACCAAGUCCGAUUCGUGUCAGCGAGCCUGCCGGGCACGACUCGCGCGUAGGCGACGACAGUGACGAUACCCCUCUGCCUGUGGUCAUCUGGCAUGGCCUCGGCGACUCCGCGGAUGCAGACGGGAUCAAAGACGUGGCGGCUCUACUGGACGAGAUACAUCCUGGUACCUACGUUCAAGCUAUUUCCUUAGGCAAGUCGACGGGGUCGGCCGAUCGCUCUGCAUCCUUCUUCGGCAAUGUGACAGAGCAGAUCGAGCAGGUGUGUGAACAAUUGGCUAAAGACAAUAUCCUCCGCACUGCGCCGGCCAUCGAUGCUGUAGGUUUCAGUCAAGGUGGGCAAUUCCUCCGAGGCUACAUUGAGCGCUGCGGGCAUUGGGCGCCCAGAGUGCGAAGCCUGGUCACAUUCGGCAGCCAGCACAAUGGCAUUUCCGAGUUCCAGGACUGCAAGCUGAGCGAUUGGGUGUGUCACAGCGCCAACGCCCUGCUGAAGAGCAGCACCGUGUGGAGCAACUUCAUCCAGUCGCGCCUCGUCCCUGCGCAGUACUACAGAAACAUCGACGACUUCGAAAACUAUCUGGAGCACUCCAACUUCCUCGCCGACAUCAACAACGAGCGCCCGCACAAGAAUGCCACGUACAAGAAGAAUCUUGCCGAGCUGGAGAACUUCGUCAUGGUGCUCUUCAAGGAUGACCAGACCGUUGUGCCCAAGGAGUCCGGCUGGUUUGCUGAGGUCAACCGUACCGAGACUGACGAGGCUAAGCGUGUCACCAAGCUACGGGACCGCACCAUCUACGAGGAAGACUGGAUUGGUCUGAAGCAAUUGGACCAGAAGGGGGCUCUUGUUUUCGAGCAAGUCAAAGGCGAGCACAUGCAGCUGGACGACAAGGAUCUGCGCCGCAUCUUUGGCAAGUACUUUGGGCCUGCCAAAGCGAGCAAGAGCGAUGAGUGGAGGUUCGAGCUGUAG